AUGAAAGCCGGUAUGUCUUUGGAUGAUCCAUCCAGCAAACGUCAAGCUUAUAGGUUAAAGAAGCAAGAGAACAGACAAGAAUUAAAACAUGUAAGAAUCGACCCAAGUGCUAGUUCGGAGAAGAUAGACCUGCCCAGAAAGAGAUUUUACCGCCAAAGAGCCCAUUCGAAUCCGUUCUCGGACCAUCAGCUCGAAUAUCCCGUCAGUCCUGAAGAAAUGGAUUGGCAGAAGCUGUAUCCGCACUUUUUUGACGAGGCAACCAGCAAGAUGACCAAAGAAGUGACCAUUGCAGACAUCGGUUGUGGUUUCGGUGGUCUUCUGAUUGAUCUAUCGCCCGAGUUCCCCGAAAACUUGAUACUUGGGAUGGAAAUUCGCGUGCAAGUGACAAACUACGUCGAGGACAGAAUCAUCGCGCUGCGAUCCAACAACGCCGCGACCAAUGGAUACCAAAACAUCAGCGUCCUGAGGGGCAACGCUAUGAAGUUUUUGCCCAACUUCUUCCGCAAGAGCCAGCUGGAAAAGAUGUUUUUCUGUUUCCCAGACCCUCAUUUCAAGCAGAGAAAGCAUAAGGCUAGAAUUAUCACCAACACCUUGCUCUCCGAGUACGCUUACGCAUUGAAAGAAGGCGGGAUUGUAUACACGAUCACAGACGUGCUAGACUUACAUCAAUGGAUGGUUAAGCAUCUGGAGGAGCACCCACUUUUCGAUAGAUUGUCGACGGAGUGGGAAAAGAACGACAAGUGCGUUCAGAUCAUGAGGCAUGCCACCGAAGAGGGCAAGAAAGUGGAAAGGAAAAAGGGCGACAAAUACGUUGCUUGUUUUGUCAGGUUGCCUAACCCAACCAUUAUGUAG